ACCUGAUUUUAGAAGACGUAUGAUAAUAAAAGUGUUUACACAACAAAAUUCUUAAAAAUGGCUUUAGUAGCUUACGACUAUGCGAGUGGUAGUGAACCAGAGGAAGACGAGGAUGACGAAUCACAAAAGUCGUCUGUAGUGAUUCCCCCUAAACCAACAGUGCAACAAAAUGGGGUUCAACCCAGUUCAUCUCAGGACAAAAGUGACAUAGAUAGUAUUGUUGAUGACGACCCUCCGCCCGCUACUUCAGGACUGUUCUCUAAAUUGCCUGAAACAAAAUCAGUCUCAAACGAAAUAGCAGAGGGCCAAAUUGAAGACUUCAUACCAAAAUCAAAACCAGUUAAAGAAAGGCAAAAGGUGAAGAUAACUAUACCAUCUUUAUCAGAGUUUGCUUCUUUGGAUGAUGAUGAACCUGUAGCCAAAAAAGCAAAGCCAGCAGGCAAAGGCAGUAGUUUGCUGUCACUUCUACCUCCAGUUAAAGGCUCAGUGCUGACAGCCAAAAGCUUCGUACCCAACAGUGUGGCCAAAAAGCCCAAUUCACAGAAACCAUCCACAACAAACAGUUUAGUACCAAAUUCAGUGAGACUAAAAGCCGAAGCUAAGAAGAAGGCAGCCCUGGACAGACUUACAAAGGCAAAAGCAGCAGCGGGUAGUGAUGCUGAAAGUGAUGAUGAGUUUGAAAUGCCUGAAACAUUCGAUGAUGACAUGUGGCAAAAGUUAUGUGGGAGACCCAGUAAACCUAAAGAAAUUAUCACAGAGCCUGAGCCUGUUGUUGAAUCAGUUAAUAUAGCACCGGAGCCAGAAAAACCUUAUGAUGGUCUAGACAACCAAGCAUUUAAGGAGUUGGUGGGCAAAACUAAACGCCCCGUCGGCAAUAUAAGGAUGAUAGACAUUAACGAAGAGGAGAUUUUGCCGGAGAAGGACAUUUGGAUGACGAGGGCACUGACUGACCCAGAAAUGGAGCAGAAACCUGAAGAGGAAACUGUGGAUCCCACGAAAAGGAAAAAGCACCACAUUACUUACCUCGCCCAACAAGCAAAGGCUAAUGAGCAAGACUUGAAGACGCAGUGGGCCACCAGCAGAAAUAACCGACUACAAUCUAGAGCUAAAUACGGAUUUUAGAUAUUUACUUUUUAUUAAAUAAAACUUAUUUUAUUUUUAUUAAA